UUUCUGGUAAAUAGACCAUUUCGGAGAUUAUACGCCAUUAUUGAUUUGCGGAACUCUGUGGUGCAAGUUGAACUUUGGACUUCACGUUUUUUUCAGUCUUUUGCCUAACAGACAUGCUGGCGGCAGGACAGUUUUGCUUUUUGUUUUACAUAAUGGAACAACCAUCAGAAAGACUGACAGAAAAAUACUCAAUGGAAUUGUCUGUGCCAUUUCCAACAAAUCGGCUAGCAGAAAUUGCCUAUAACACAUUACGAGUUGAUAAAGAGCCCAAAAAGGGUGGCUGUACAAAGAUAGUUGGUGUGGACGAAAACAAGUUGUCAAUUACUCUUGAAGCCCAAGAAGCAAGAACUCUAAGAGUAGCAUCUAAUUCUAUUUUGGACUUCCUUGCACUUAUCACCGAUACAAUAGCAAGAUUCGACCCCCAACUUGAGAAUGCUUGAGUCUUUAAAAUAAUUUUUUGUGUCAAUCAAGAUGUAACAAGGCAAAAAUAUGCGGUGGAGAAGUUGUAAUGAUUGUACUGUAAUGUGCCAGAUCACUUAAUGGGCAAACACUUAAGAGAAACAUUUCUUUAUUUGUCAUAUGUUCGCAUUUUCAACAUUGCGUUUAUUGUCGCCUUAUACAUUCACACUAUGUCUUCUACUUAUGUGAGAUUGUUAUGCUUAAGGUGGCAGUAACCCUUUUAAAAAUCGGAAUUUUUUUUGUACAUAAUUAGUUAAGAAAGGUUAUUUUCAGACUAUA